UAAAGACUGGGGCUGGGCACUCAGAAGCAGGCUAAAGCUCCUGGCGGAGGCUCAAGUGCUGAUGAGAAACAUAUGAGUGGUAACAAUGCGCUUUCGAUAUCUGUCGUGAACACCGUGAUGUGAGAGCACUUUAUUUGAGCGCAAGCCUCCGUGCCAGCAACAGCAGCCUUUUAUUUCCAUUCGGGGCUUUUUGCUGUCUUUUUUAUUUAUUUUUUAAUUCCUUUUUAAAACCUUUUUUUUUUCUUUUUUUCCUGUGGACACUGGAUCUACCGUCAAUUGAAUCUAAUUUCACAAUUUUCCCUCAAGAUAAAACGAGGAUUAAACACAAUUUUCCUAAGGGUUCUUUAAACGCUGCUGUCAGAAAUUGGGCCCUGCCAUGAGGGAGAUUGUACUACUUUGCCUCCUGGCACUGUGCCAGGCCAAGCCCUACGAGCCAAUCAAUAUUAUGAAUUUCCUGAGGCAUCAUGACAUCAUGCAGCAGGAUGCCGGGGAUGAUGACGACGACGAUAGCAACCUCCUGUUUCCGUCCAAAGGCUCUCCGCCCCCUGAACCGGAGUGUCCAUUCGGCUGCCAGUGCUUCCUCAGGGUGAUUCAGUGCUCAGAUCUGGGUUUAAAAGCAGUGCCAAAGAACAUCCCCAAAGACGCAUUAAUGAUCGACCUUCAGAACAAUAAAAUAACUGAAAUCAAGGAAAAUGACUUCAAAGGCAUCAAAAACCUCUAUGCGCUGUUCCUGGUCAACAACAAGAUCUCAAAGAUCCAUCCCAAGGCUUUCCACAACAUAAACAAACUGCAGCUGCUCUACCUGUCCUACAACCUGCUGACACAGAUUCCCGCCAACCUGCCCAAAAGCGUCCUGGAGCUGAGGAUCCACGACAACAAAAUCAACAAAGUCCAGAAGCAGGCCUUUCAGGGAAUGAGGUCCCUGCAUGUCCUAGAGAUGAGCGCAAAUCCCCUUGCUAACAGUGGGAUAGAGAUGGGAGCGUUCGACGGCAUGUCUACCUUGUAUUUAAGAAUCGCAGAGGCCAAAAUUACAGCAAUACCAAAAGACCUCCCACCCUCACUGACUGAGCUUCACCUGGACUACAACAAGAUUGGAAAGGUGGAGUUGGAGGACCUUUAUAAAUACAAAAACUUACUGAGGCUGGGCCUGGGCUAUAACCAAAUCAAGUCUGUAGAAAACGGAAGCUUGGCCAGCAUCCCCAACAUCAGAGAGAUUCACCUGGACAAUAACAAACUCAAGAGCGUUCCCGCAGGUCUGGAUUCCCUCAAGUAUCUACAGGUGGUGUACCUUCAUUCCAACAGCAUCAGCAGUGUGGGACUGCAUGACUUCUGCCCCGUGGAACGCAAAGUGAAAAAGUCCCCUUAUGUGGGCAUCAGCCUGUUUGCCAACCCCCUCAAGUACUGGGAGGUGCAGCCCGCCACCUUCCGCUGUGUGUCCGGCCGCAGGGGCGUGCAGCUGGGGAACUUCAGGAGGAGGAAGUGAAGCCCUGCUGGCGGCUGGCACCCAACACCCACACCCCACACCCCCCACCCCCCACCACACACGCCCCUAAAUCCUGGUACUGCAGGGCCUCACACCAGCACCAUGGCAGCAUCAGGCCAGUUCCUUCCAGACAGUUAUUACGCAAGUAGAGCCCAGAUCAGUUAACUCUUUUCAGUUCAGGGGAAAAAUAACUUUAUGAACAGGGAGCAAUGACUGAACAAAUAAACAACCUGGCACAAUGUGGAACCUUCAGGACCUGGAUUAGAAACUGUCAACCAAGGUUUAAGAGCCCUGAGCAGAGAGAGAGAGAGAGAGAGAGAGGGUCUCAUUACUUGAAUAUCGGAAGAGUAUAAAAUGAAAAAGGAAGGAAAAAUGAAUUUUAAUAUAACCAAUCAAGGGGUUACCUCUGCAGGGAUGAAAUUUUAAUGGACACCUAAAGAAGCUAGUCUGUUCCAUUUAAGGGAAGAUGUUGAGAGCUUUGCUUUUAAAUGGCAUUUCUCCAUCCUUGAAAACUGAGGAUCCAACAUUCUUUUUAGAUGAAUCAAGUGCAAUCAUUACUUUACGUUACUAUUGAACAACUACAUUCUUGAAAUUGACUGUUUACAUAGUGCUUUUGGUAUGCGCAUCUAGUAUUUAGGCCUGCAGAGGCACACUGAAGAAGGAUUCUGGACAAACAGUACUUGACAUUUGACAUUCAAGUUUUUUAUUAUUAUUGCGCUUUAGUGCAUGUUUUUGGUCAACUCAUCCAGUUUUCCUGUCAAAUGACACAUUUGUCAGGGCCAACUCAAAAUAUUCACUAAAACUAAUAAUGAUAUAUUCUUUAAAAACCCAGAAAAUGAACCAUCCCUUUCAAUACAGUUCAAAUACAAUGGCAAAGUAUUUAAAGUUACUUUACACCACACAAGGCAGAGUACACGCCUCCAGCCCUACACUGCCUAAAACGGUGUACAAUGGAGUAUGACGCCCUUUUUUACUUUUACUAACCUUGGGUCAGUUUUAAGAGUGAUAAGAAAGGUCUGUUUCCUUGUGUUUGUUUGCUAUUUUGAUCCUGGAGACCUAUGAUACAAAAACAAUUGAAUCACCUGGAUUCCAGCAACAAGGCAGGCCUUCAGCAGCCAGACUUUCAGGUUAUGUUACAGCCUUAUCCGGCUGCUCAAAAAUGACUAUACAGCGCCACCUCCUGGUAAGCGGACAUUACUACACUAUAUUGCAGCAAACCCGAGUGCAGUGUACAGCGCAUGUGCUGUUGUGCUCAGCAUUAGCAUUAAAUGCACCCAACAUCACUAACUGGCUAAACAAAAGACAAUCAUUGGAUUGUAUAAAACAUGAGCAUCCUCGUGUUAAUGAAUAAAAACACAGCCAUGGUGGUUUCCUUGUAAUAUGAUCAUUUUUAAAUUUGGAAUUUUUUAUUUUACGUUUCAGUUUGCAUGCUUAAGUAAUCGAAUAUGUAGUUGUUCCUUUCCCCUGAAUUUAUUAUGCCACAGAAACUCAUCCUAGGAUAUAUGUUUUUCAAUAUGCUUUAAUCUGAAUAUAUUUCAUUGUAUAUAUGCAUACUGUACUUAAAACAAGGACUUGUAUAUUUAUUAUUCAAUUUGAAUAAACGGUUCAAGUUACACUUGUUUUUAAUCUGA